AUGUAUGGAGAAGAUCCAGAUUCAGAUGAAGUCGCAGGCCAUAUUGGAAUGAAAGAAAACGACGUCGUUACUUCUGCGCCUGAAAAUCCCUCUUCCAAUUCAAUUUACAGUAACUCCCCGUUUUCAGGGUUAGAGGAUGUGAUAACGGGAUAUAUAUUUGGCAAAAAGAAGGCCACUGAAGUAGCUCACUCAGUCUGGAAGAAUGUUAUCCGGAAAGGGGAUGUUCUUGUUGAUGCCACUUGUGGAAAUGGAUAUGAUACCUUGGCAAUGCUAAGAUUGGUUGCUGAUGCAACACGUAAGGGCCGUGUUUAUGCAAUGGAUUUACAAAAAGUUGCCUUGGAGAAUACUUAUUCUUUGCUGGAUCGAUCUGUUGAUUCAGAUGAGAGAGAACUGGUAGAGCUUUAUGCCAUUUGUCAUACUAAAAUGGAGGAAAUUGUUCCCAGUGGUGCUUCUGUGAGAUUAGUUGCAUUCAACUUGGGUUACCUUCCAGGAGGUGACAAGAAAAUCAUAACUCAGUCAGAGACAACAGUAAAUGCACUUAAGGCUGCCAAAAGAAUAUUGGCACCUGGAGGACUCAUCAGCAUAGUGGUCUAUGUGGGCCAUGCUGGUGGAAGGGACGAGUUUGAAAAAGUCCAAGCUUUUGCUUCUGAAUUACCUGUUGACAAUUGGGUCUGCUGCAAACUCCAAAUGUUAAACCGGCCAUUAGCUCCGGUACUAGUGCUUCUAUCUAAGAAAUGA